AUGACAGCUGGUUGCGACCCUGACCCCGAGUAUAGUGUGAUGGGCAGAAGCCCGUUUGUCAAGUCUGUGAAAGAGAAGAUCGCGAAUGUGGAUACACAUAUCAUCUUGAGAAGCGAAAGUUGGUGGCCUCCGACCAAGUGCUACAUCCAUGCACUCCACUCCAGGAUUGCUUUCCUGGAACAUCAACUUGCAACAGCCCGCAAUGGUGCAGAACAAGGUGAGUCCCUGACUGUGGACCUGGGCAGUGACGAGGAAGUCUUGAGGACGCAUAGUGCAAAGCCCGUAUCACAUAGCCUUUCGGGCUUCAGGCGAGAUUUUCGACUUUCAGGGGCGUACGGACUGUUCUGCUCUAGGGAGCUUGACGAACAGCAGCAAAGCUCUAGCGGGGUGGGCAUCUUGGAAAAUGUAGAUUCAGUAUCAGAAGAGCCGUUGUUACUUUUUCCAGAUGCAGAAAGCCAGCUUUUAGACGACUUUUGGACCUGGAGAAAUACUUGGCCAGUUCUAGUCCAUGAGCCUCUGUUCAACAAAGACUUAACCAACGAUGGAGUCAAAAUCUAUGCCACCCCAACCUUAUUGGCUGCAAUACUAGCCUUCAGCUCCCAGUGUGCAGGUGAUGCACAGCUCAGCAUCUGGGGAACAUCAGGCGAGGCUCUUGCUAAACAUGCAAAAAGUAAAAUACUCGCGCAAAUAGAAUAUUCCAGUCUGUCCCUUGUCCUGGCAGCAGCUAUUAUCGCUCUAAGGGAAUUAGCAGUCGACAAUCUGUCCUCUGCUUCGCAGUAUAUCGGGAUUGCCUUUCGACAUUCUCUGACUCUUGGACUUCACGUCGAAACACCAGCAAUGGAUGAAUCGAUACAAGGCUCACAAGAAGUUCUAGAAGCCCGAAACAUAUCCCAAAUCAUUGGGCAGCCGAGUGCUCUACGCGACGGUGACAUGCGUCCACGACUAGUUCCAAUCCUUCCCAGUGUCGAGUAUCGCCUAUGGUCGGUAUCUCACACUUCUGAUCCAGAGUUGACAUUCUCCAGUAUGUCAAAUCUUCAAUAUGCGUGUAACCUAGUGCGCAUGGUAUCACCUGUUCUGGACGAAAUUCAUGCACUGGCAUCUCCUCUAAGCAUACAUGAAAAGGAAGACAAAGCUACAAAGACUCAUGUCGCCAUGUCCGAAUUCUACAAUAACUUACCGAGUCACCUCAGACUCCCUGCCACCGCUACGAAGCAACUGAGCCCACCUGUUUACCAAUUCAACUUGCUAUAUCACAACUUGAAAAUCAUGCUUCAUCGUCCUUUUAUCAAAACAGCCCCGUCAAUGCAUGAUUUGGAUGAAUUGAAGCGCCCGGAAAUGGUACAUAUCCAAUCAGCAACCUUUUCAGCCAUACGCAUAACAUCCAUCGUUAAUGCGUAUAGAAACUUCUAUCCAUUGGAAACUCUUUCCUCGUUCGCUGUCCAUAGCUUGGCAACUUCAUCUCUCGUGCAUUCAUUGAAUGCCAACUCGGCUGAUGCCACGCUGUCGCAACGGACAACGCACCUUUACCGUCUCAAUCUCCGCUUCCUGGGCCAAAUGAGCUCAACGAACUAUGGCAGCAAUCGCGCAAUAAAGGCUCUUACAUCCUUAGAAUGUGAGGGGGGUACAUCAAUCCAGCCGAAUGCCACGAAACCCUCCGUGCGUGACCGCGGAGCAGAUGGUAAUAGUUCUGUUUCCGCGGGACAAAGAGGAACGCCAACCACAGCACUAGAAUCGAUGAACAUUUUCGGCUACAUAGAUUCCUUGGAGAAUGCUUUCGAUUGGUUUCAGUUGCCUCUGAACGAACAACUCGUUUUUGAUGAUGUCAUCGAGAGCUCUUUGUGGGAGGAGGUAUGCGAAAGCAAUGACCCCGUGGGCAGCAUACCGCCUCUCCACGGAAAUCUAUAG